UCGGAUCACGUUGUUAAUCAGAGGCCAGAGGUUUCUCAUCGCUGCGCAAGGCUAGUAGUUAUAUUUUUGGAAGAGUGGAAUAAAAUUGUACUGAGAAAUUUCCCAAUUGUUCGUAAGUUGGUCGUAUUGAUAAAAGCGCUCUUCGAGUGUUUUUUUUUUAACACUCGGCUCACGCUGUUAAUCUGAAGCAAUCUGAGAAUCUGAGGGAUCUGAGGCUUCACACCGUUCACAACUUCACAACAUUCAGAACUCUGCACAAGGGUAGCACGGCGGAGAAGAAUACUUUUAUCUUGGCCUUUGUAGUGCUUUUAACGGCUUGUGGUAUAUGUUGCAAUGGAAUCCACGUUAUCAAGUGGGCAACUCUCCGGCGUGCAAAAGGAUGAAUUGAUGGAACAAGUAAAACAACAAAUUGCAGUUGCCAACGCACAAGAGUUACUUACGAAAAUGACGGAAAAAUGUUUCAAGAAGUGUAUAAAUAAGCCAGGUACAUCGCUGGAUAGUUCUGAACAGAAAUGUGUGGCAAUGUGUAUGGAUCGGUAUAUGGAUGCUUGGAAUUUAGUUUCAAAAGCUUACAGUAACAGGUUGCAACGAGAAAGACAUCGUGUAUAGAAGUUAAAAAGAAUAAAAGUGUUGUAACUAGUAGUGGUUAUUAGUGAAUUUGACAAUGGUUUAUACUGUGGCAGGAUACAACUUGGUAUCCCAUAGACCAAAGUGUCUUUUGUACCAUUGAAAGUGCAAAAAAGGAGAAAGAAACUUUGUUUAAACUGUACUGUUUUACAAUAAUAAGAUCCAAAUUGCAGUUUAUACAUUAA